AUGGUACUGCAUCAGCCAUUGCAGCCAGUUGUCUCUUCAGCCUCCCACAUCCCGGAUCUGGUCUGCAGGACCCCCAAACCCGCCACCACCGCCACCGCCUCCUCAGAGCGUUUCUUCCGAACAACACCACAGCCAAUAACACUCCACCCUCAAGGAUGUCCCUGGUACAAGUCAUCGCUGCACAUCGAGAACAGUGAGAACCACAUGAAGAAGUUUGUAAGGAUGACAUCGAAUACGAAGACGGCGAUCACAAGCCACCAACAGUACCAUUUGGCGGGACUGACGGAGCGCGAGGUCGAUCCAGAGCCAUUGGUUGGUCUCCAAGUGCUGGUUCGAAAAGGCGCACCACUCGGGCCUUGUGGCGCAGCCGGAGGCGAUAAGUUCAUCCGGGACCGCUUCGUGUUCUUCAGCAACUACGACUCGCGCAAGGCGGGCGAGCUGCCCAAGAUUGUCUCCGCCGCCGAACAGUUUGACGACCAAGCAACCGUCCCGAAAGGCGACGCCAUGGCCAAGGGCUACUUCCACUCCUAUCAGACCAACCCAUCUUAA